UAAUCAUUACCAAAGCAUUAAUAGAUAUUGAAAAAUAUUUAUCAUAUUAUGAAAAACAUUUAGCUGAUUACUCAUUUCUUGCACCUGAUUAUAGUUUGGUAAAAGAUGCUGAAAAAUAUAGUAUAUGGGAUCAAGAA